UUCGAUGGCUGCUGCGUCUGCUUCUUCACCGACUGCACUACUGCUGCUUCUACUCUCUUGCAUUGCCUUCCUCUGUUCCUCUUCAGAAGCCUAUGACUACCCACCACUAGCGGAUGGCCUCUCCUUCGACUUCUACGACGCCACCUGCCCCUUGGUGGAGCACCUGGUGAGGCUCUACCUCGAGCAAGCCUUCGGGAACGACACCGGCCUCGCCGCCGGCCUGCUCCGAGUUCACUUCCAUGACUGCUUCGUUCAGGGCUGCGACGGGUCGAUUUUGCUGGACGGAUCAGCAGGCGGUCCGAGCGAGAAGGACGCGCCGCCCAACCUCACCCUCCGGCCGGCUGCCUUCAAGGCUAUCGACGAGCUACAAGCUCUAAUCACCGCCGCUUGCGGUCACGUCGUGUCCUGUGCUGAUGUCGCCGCCCUCGCCGCUCGCGACUCUGUCUAUUUGUCGGGUGGACCGGACUACGAGGUUCCUCUCGGCCGGCGAGAUGGGCUGAGCUACGCGACGAUGGAAGCAGUCCUCAGCUUCAUCCCUCCUCCCACAUCCAACGUCACCGACCUCAUCGACUUAUUCGGCAAGCUCGACCUCGACGCCUACGACCUCGUCUCCCUGUCCGGUGCCCACACCAUCGGCAUCGCCCACUGCGCCUCCUUCGAGAACCGCCUCUUCCCCGCCCAGGACCCGACCCUGGACCAGACCUUCGCCGAGAACCUGUACCUGACCUGCCCCGUCGCCAACACGUCCAACACCACCGUGCUCGACGUCCGAUCGCCCGACGCCUUCGACGACGAGUACUACGUGGAUCUGUUGAACAGGAAGGGACUGUUCACCUCCGACCAGGGCCUGUACACCGACGCCAGGACGCAGCCCACCGUCACAGGGUUUGCUGUCGACCAGUCACUGUUCUUUGAGAAGUUCGUGUACUCCAUGACGAAGAUGGGCCAGCUGAGUGUGUUGACAGGCGACCAAGGUGAGAUCCGUAAGAACUGCUCUGCCAUCAACGCAGUGGACGACUUCUUGUGGUCUGUGGUGGAUGGCGACGGCGGGGAGAGCAAGCUGUUGUAAGUGUUGCUCGGCAUGUGGGCGAGAAAGAGAUAGAUAGAUACAGUAAGACAUAUAUAUAUAGAUAUAGAUGUGCUCGAGGAGUGUCUCGUUCGAUAGUAAAUGUAUUCCGUAUAAUAUGAUGAUCCUCGGUGGUAUCACAUAGUGAAGCCACUGAUAGAUAUCCAUAUAAGAUCUGUAUUUGAUAAAGGAUAUGUCCGGUAACUAUUGACUAAUGGCUGACAUGAUAUAUCUGAUAA